AUGCAUAUUUCUAUCUUUCAGUUGCUGACAAAGGAUCCAAAAUUGCGCCUAGGCUCUACAGAGGAGCAUGAGAAAGGCAUUAGGGACCAUGCAUUCUUUCGACGUCUCGAUUGGGAAAAAAUUGAAGCCAGGAGCUUGCAGCCGCCUUACAGACCAAAAAUCGUAUGUACUUACUUUUUGCUGGAAAGACGUAUGGAAGUGCGUGAAGAAGAGAAUUCUAGAUUGACCUCGCCAAAAGACGACGGCAGCUGUUUGACUUUAAAACCAUGUCAAGGUUGGUACAGUCCACGAGACAUGCUCCCUCAUUUCGAGUGA